AUGGCGGUGCCGAAACGCUUUUUGCUGCUUGCGGCUGCGGCGUGGACGUGGUUUAGUCAGCGGUAUGCGCCUGCUUUCGCCGUUUCGCGAGGCUAUAUCAAGAACACCAUUGCGCUUUUCGCAAUCGCAGUCUUCGUUCAACUGGCAUGGUCCAUCGUUGUCUACCCACUCUUUUUAAGUCCGUUGCGACAUCUACCCUCGCCGCCAGACAGCCAUUUCCUGCUCGGCCACUUCCGACGCAUCUACAAGGACCCGACGGGCGAGCCGCAGCGGGAUUGGAUUGACAAUGUGCCAAAUGAUGGCGUGUUGUAUUAUCGGUGGUUGUUCAAUGAGCCGCGGAUUUUGGUGACGAAUCCGAAGGCGAUUGGCGAGGUGUUGGUGACGAGGAGCUAUGAGUUUGUUAAGCCGGGGAGGUUGAGGAAGGGGUUGGGGAGGUUGUUGGGCGUGGGGAUUUUGUUGGCGGAGGGGGAUGAACAUAAGCGUCAAAGAAAGGCACUUAUGCCUGCGUUCAACUUCCGGCACGUGAAGGACUUGUAUCCCAUCUUCUGGAGUAAAUCCCAGGAAUUUACGGAAAAGCUGGCUGAAACCAUCAAGAACAGCCCCGAUGGAUCAUCCGUAGUCGAAAUCGGUCAUUGGGCCUCCCGCGCCACUCUCGACAUCAUUGGUGUCGCAGGAAUGGGCAAAGACUUCGAUGCCAUCAGCAACCCGUCCAACGAACUCAACGAAACCUACCGCAAGAUCUUUGCCGGCGCUCGUGGUGCUCAACUCAUCCAAGUAUUGCUCAAUCUGCUCCCCCACUGGGUCGCCGUCAAUCUUCCCUUGGCGCGCAACGACAUAAUCGGCAACGCCGUCGACACCAUCAAGAAAGUCGCCAGAGACCUCAUCCACGACAAGCGCGAGAAGCUGCAAUCCGGCGAGGCAAAAGGCAUGGACAUCUUAAGCGUAGCCAUGGAAUCCGGCGGUUUCAGCGACGAAGACCUCGUAAACCAACUCAUGACGUUCCUCGCCGCGGGCCACGAAACCACCGCCUCAGCCAUGUCAUGGGCCGUAUACCUCCUCUGUCAGAACCCUGAUGUGCAAACACGACUACGACAGGAGAUACGCACCGAGCUGCCUGAAGCACUGCAACCAGGUGGCCAGAUCUCUUCGACCGAAAUCGACCGACUCCCAUAUCUAAACGCCGUCCUACAAGAAACAAUGCGCAUCUACCCCCCCGUCCCCCUCACCCUCCGCGAAACCGCCCACGACACCACCAUCCAAAACCACUUCGUCCCCGCGGGUACAACCGUCGUAAUCUGCCCGUGGGCCAUCAACACGUCCACCCAUCUCUGGGGCCCAGAUGCCCGCUCCUUCAACCCCGACCGCUGGAUGCAGCCCGGUACUGCCAACACGGGCGGCGCGGAGUCGAACUAUGCCAUUACGACGUUUUUGCAUGGGCCAAGGAGCUGUAUUGGCAUGCAGUUUGCCAAAGCGGAGUUUGCUUGUCUCGUGGCGAGUUUGGUGGGGAGGUUUGAGAUUGGGUUUGAGGUGGAGGGGCAUGUGGCGGGGAUUCAGGGGGGGAUUACGGCGAGGCCUAAGGGGGGGUUGAGGGUUAGGUUGAGGGAUGUUGGGGUGGGGGAGAAGGUGUAG